ACAAAAUUGGUAAAGCUGAACAACGAAUGCAUUUCGGUACAGGUCAGGAGCUUCAUAGUUUGGAAGAAUUGAUGAGCACUAUUUUGUGUCGCAGAGGCUGAACAAAGUGAGAUGUGGUCUGGAAUAACAGGGAGUGUUUUUUCCCUGGCAGUAAUCGCUGUGUUUGGAUAAAAUGGGUUACAUGAACCUUAUUGUGUGUUGUUGGACUGAGACCCAAUCUGACCCCCUCAGGGUGUGGUACAAAGCUCAGUUCAACAGAAAGCACAACAAGGUUACAGCGUUGUUCUCACGCUUUUUCUGAUGUUAUAUUCUUUUGUAUUUCCUCUGCAAAAAUAAUGGAGCAGAAGGAAAGCCGAAGAAACUAGAGGUGGCCACUAUGUCCUUCCAAUAUUUAGGUAUGGUCAGAAAUAAAUAAAGAAUGGCCUGCAUAUUUUAUGGAUAAAUCAUUUGUAAUUUAAACCACAAAUUAAUAGUAGCUCUUUAUUUAUUUGAUUAACUCCUCCUGUUCAUCAGAUGCAAUUUGUUGUUGGCUUUCCUCAUUUCCUUACCCAACAUUCCUUAGUUAUCAUCCAAAAUACACAGGGUCAUGAAACAAGUGGAACAUACACCUUUAUUAUCUGUUGUCUUUAUCUAUUUCACUUCUAUUGAACAUUAGUGUGCAUUUCUGCAUUUAUUGAGUCCAAAACACUGGCGUUGUGAAUGCAUUCCCGAAUAUAAUCAACUGCGAUUGAAAUCCAGCAGCAAAGCAUUCAUAUUCAUCUUUUUUACAAGCAAUAAUUUUGCCUUCAGAGAUAUUUAAUAUUUAAACUAUUUAAUCCGAGUAUUCCAGCCACAUAACGAUAAUCUAAGCAGUGCAUCAAUCCCUAAAAGGGUUCCUUAUAUCCUCAGUUCUCUGCAAGGAUGUGCUUUGGACAGUGACGGUUACAUAGUUGCCAUGGGAAACAAGAUUUGGGCCACCCGUGCCUGAUAUAACCCUCUGGUCAUAUGAGGAUCAGAAGAUAUCUGUCGCUCCCUACGUAGGUAAUCCUGACCUAACACAGUUAAACUUGAAACGAUGAGGGUAAAUCAAUGUUUUCCUUGAUUUACAAGGACGUUGACUUGCAUGCGUUUUUUUAAUCCAACUCCUUAGAUCAAAAAAAAAAAGACUUAAUGUAGUCCUUCUAUCCUAAAAAGGAGACAUCCUUAAUGAACAUUUCAAGCCCAUUAGUACACACCGAUUACACAAAACAUUCUGUGAUUAGCCAGCGAGGUGAUAGUUGAAGUAGUUAGUAAAAUGAUUAUAUUCAUAACUGCAAAUAAGAUGCAGUCCCGGGCCGUUUGGUUUGCCAUUGUAACUCUCAUUCCGGUUCUAUCAAUGUGUAUUGGUGAUUCAUCAAAAGUAUCCAGCGGGCUCCGGUGGUAGAUCUGAAGGGAAGAUUUACUUUCAGAGUGUGAACCUGACCCAUUAUAAGACUGCUCUUUUAGGGCAGUCUUUUUUUUUUCCAGGCUAACCCCCUCUUUGAGAGGCGUAUUGGCCAAUGGCUGUGUGACAUACUCUGAACAGUAUAUCAAAUGGUUCCCUACCUAGACAGUUUGAGGUCAUUAGGAGCGGGUCCACAUAGCAGGAGAUGGUAUCCUUUAAUGAGCACGGUACAUUAAAGACAGCCUAAUGGUGCUUUGUACUGCUCCCUCCAUGUCCAUGGAUAAUGCACCUGUUGCAAAUGGACGAUACUCUUCGCUGUGGAAACGGAAUGCAUAAUAUCCACAUCACUUUUCCAUUUCUGCAGGCUGGACGGGAUGAGUCAUCGUGUGUGUGUGUGUGUGUGUGUGUGUGUGUGUGUGUGUGUGUGUGUGUGUGUGUGUGUGUGUGUGUGUGUGUGUGUGUGUGUGUGUGUGUGUGUGUGUGUGUGUGUGUGUGUGUGUGUGUGUCCUUCCAUAAAUGGGUCUGUCAACAAACAUAUAGCCUGCUGGGUGGGUAGUGGUGGCUAAUCCAAUUUGCAGUCUAAUUCCGGUGCCUUAUCACAGACUUCUUGAAUCUGCACGGGGAGAGAUUCCGACAACCUAAUCUCUAGCCUGGGCUGAGCCUGUGAGAUCCCUCCCGAGUAAGAGGAGGGCUUUUCUUUAUUUUUAUGAAUGAAUGUGAGAAGAAAUCCCGCCCAAAGAGGAGCCUACUCCUCCUGACCUCUUCCGGUGAGGGUAAAGGGACCAGUCUUUGGCCAGCGGCUACCAAACCGUGGAGCUGGCCGUAGCCUAUUCUCAUGUUGUUGACCGGCAAUCGUAGCGCUUCACCGCUCCUGAUCCUCCUCCUCCUCACAUUCAAUUACUCAAGGGGCUCGCUCUUGGCGUGCGUGUUGCCGGGGGUAACGCUUGUUGCCGAGCACAAUGUCGGAGCACACGCAGCUCGCCCUGGCGUUAUGCAGGAUUGGGUUCUACACGUGUUUCCGGGCACUGUGCUGUAAAGGACCCCCGCCACCGCGACCAGAGUACGAUGUGGUCUGCAUUGGGCUGACGGGAGCGGGGAAGACGAGCCUGCUCUCGCGCCUCUGUAGCGAGGGCAGCGAGGGCAUCGUACCCACGACAGGUUUCAGCAUCAAAGCAGUGCCAUUCCCAAACGCCAUCUUGAAUGUGAAGGAACUCGGAGGUGCCGACAACAUCAAGAAGUAUUGGAGCCGGUACUACCAGGGCUCUCAAGGCGUGGUGUUCGUCCUGGACAGCGCCUCGUCGGACGAAGACCUGGAGGCCGCCCGCAACGAGCUCCACUCGGCCCUGCAGCACCCCCAGCUCUGCACGCUCCCCUUCCUCAUCCUCGCCAACCACCAGGACAAGCCUGCCGCGCGGACCCCAAACCAGGUAAGCCAAGACCCCUCCAGUCCCGCCCGUGCGGCCGUUUUGUUUAGAAUGGAUUUGGACACACACUGAGAACGUUUUAAUGUACGUUAUGGAUACUGCCGUCUCCUCACCGCAAACAAAUGUUACCCUGACUUGACAAGAACCAAGGUGUCACGCGUUAACCUGGCUAUUUCCUUUGGAAGUUAUGUCGGAUACACUACACAUCAGUACCACGUUAACACUUCCACACUCCUUACAAGUCCAGGUCAAACUGCCUUUUUGAUAUGAAAAUGUAUUGGACGUUUUUUGAACCUUUUUUUAUUUUUAUAAAAAUGAAAAGGUGCAGAACACACACUGCCAUUUUUUCCCUUAUCUUUGGGAGGGGAGCUGAGUGACCCAUAGAUCUUUAAUGUUUGGGCAUUUGUCCAGAAGGUAAAAUUGUAGACUUCUAAACCUCCAAAGGCACGUGUCCAAGCGUAUUGACAUUCUGUUCG